ACUUGUAUGAUGGCGCGUUUGUUCAGCCAGCCAAACAUGUCCUUAGUCUCCAUUGCUGUGCCCUAAAUUCCAAGCCAAAAUCCGCCUGUUGUCUCUCUCGCCAGAACUUCGGGCCGUAGACCCUAAUUCUUGGUGCCGAUGGAGGAAACGCCUGAGCCUGCAACCGCUAACGAGCGGGUAGCCGGAGUGCAUCGACUCCAACAGCUUCUGGAUGUCUACGGCAAGGGUUCGUCGGAAGUGGCAGCGCUGGUUGACUGUUGCAAGGAUCUUUUAAAGGACAAUGACUUAAAAAGACUAUCUGAGAGCGGUCGUCAAGCUGUGGCCUCCGCUGCUGUGUUGUACUGCAAGCACCUCCAGCUCAACUUCUUCAAUGCGCUUGUUCCUGCAUAUGCUGAGUUCCUUGGGAAUGCCAAACGUGAUGUAAGAGAUGCCGCCCGGGGCCUGCUGCUCACUCUCAUGGAGCUUCAUGAGCGUGUUGCUGGUCUAGCGAUUGCACGGACAGUCACAUCAACCCUCUGUUUUUUGACAUAUACUAAGCAACCUCUUCAAUGGGCUAUUCUUCCCCCAAUUUUGAAGAUGUUGAAUGAUUCAAAUCCUGGUAUUACAGAAGCAGCUAUAUUGUGCAUUGAGGAAUUAUAUAGACAGAAAGUUCCUCAAUUCCUUGAUGAACUUCGCUGCUAUCUCCCUUCAUCUGUGGUGGAAGAAGUUAAUGCCAGGAUAGAGAAAAGUGGUGCGGAGAGUUCCUCAACAGAGACAUCUUCUCUUGGUGAGGAAGUGCUUCAACUUGCAAGCGCCAAGGGCACCGAAGAGUGGAUGGCUGGAGUGGAGAGACUCCAACAGCUGUUGGAAUCCUACAGUGGGAGCCUUGGCUCAUCAAAGGAGAUGGCGCUGGUUGACUGUUGCAAGGAUCUUCUAGAGGACAGUAACUUAAUAGUGCCUCAAGGCGCUUUCCAAGCUGUGGCAUCCGCUGCUGUGUUGUCCUACAAGCAUCUCAAGCUCAACUUCAAUGCGCUUGUUCCUGCGUAUGUUGAGUGUCUGGGGAAUGCCAAAUGGGCUGUAAGACAUGCUGCCCAGAGGCUACUGCUCACUCUCAUGGAGCUUCCUGAGCAUGAUGAUGGUCUUGAGAUUGCACGGAAAGUCACAUCAAUCAUCUGUUUUUUGGCAUAUGCUGACCUUCCUCUUCACGGAACUAUACUUCCUCCAAUUUUGAAGAUGUUGAAUGAUUCUAAUCCUGGUGUUACAGAAGCAGCUAUGUUGUGCAUUGAGGAAAUAUAUACACAGGCUGGGCCUCAAUUCCUUGAUGAACUUCAUCGCUACUAUCUUCCUUCAUCUGUGGUGGAAGAAAUUAAAGCCAGGCUAGAGAAUAUUGCGGAGCGUUCCUCAACAAAGAUAUCUCCUACUGGAGCUUUGCCAAUGGAAAUACAUGGAAAAUUUAUUGUCAAUCUGCCUAUUGAGAAGUCACCAAGCAUUAGACUAGAUGCCCUCCUUUUCUACUCUGAAGUAUUUGGAGCAAUUCCGCGUAAGAUUAUAUCCAAUGGAUCUGUUGAGAUUGAGAUCUGUGGCAUCACGGUUUUCAUCAACAGAUCUAAUGUUGCUAACUCUGGCCAUAUCCGUAUCAACUGUUCCAACCUUGAUGAACUUUUAGCUCGUGCUCAGAAUGCUGGUGCCACAGUGCAAAGAAAAGAAGUUAAACUAUGUGAUUGUUGCGACAGUGUUUUGGGGAAAGUGAAAGAUCCCUUCAAUUGCAAUUGGAUUUUCACCACAUCUAUUCCACACAUGCAGCCUGUCCAGCGCUUUCAUCCCAUGCAGCUUGUUGCAAACGUUCAGCAGCGUAUGCAAUUUCGGUCAUCUGAGCUGGUUCUUCUAGGGCUGAUGUUGAUGUUCAACAAGUAUACAUAUCGGGCAUUUAUGCCAAAGGCAGAUUGAGCAGUUGCGGAUUUUGCCAUUUCCUACAAAAUACGUGUGGAGAUGGAAAAGGUAAAACGGUUCUUCAAAAAGUUAUUCAUGCUAUGAUGAGGACACAUGGUAUCAACUGUAUAGCGUUAUGGAAGCAUAGAAAAGUUUUGUCGUUGAUCACUGGAACAGCUUUUAAUGCAUUUUUUCUCAAUGCUUUGUAUGUGCUAAUCGUACUUUAUCUGUAUAUUCUGUCCUAUCCUAAAGAAUUAGCUUUGACAUUUAACAGGAACUAUUGAAUACUCUGUUUUAUGUUAUUUCUUGUUGUGAAGAUUGAGUAGUCAAAAUUAUAGUGUAUAUACAAGGUUUGUAACAGAUGAUCUUGACCUUUAAAUUAGGCUAUAUAUGUAUCCACUCUUUAAGUAAAAGAUAAAUGACAUUUAAUCCCCUACAA